AUGCUGGCGGUGCUGGCGCUUGUGGCGCUGGCCGCCCUCGUGCCGGCUGUGACGGCAGCCAACGAUGUGCUGGAGCUUGAUCCGUCUAGCUUCAAGGCCAUGCUCAAGAGCGACGAAAUCUACGUGACCGCCUUUACUGCUCCUUGGUGUGGCCAUUGCCAGCGCCUCAAGCCCGAAUAUCAAAAGGCUGCUGCUGCCCUGAAGGGCAUCGUCAAGUUUGCCAACGUGGACAUGACCCAGCACCAGAGCCUGGGUGGUCCUUACAAUGUGCAAGGCUUCCCGACCAUCAAAAUCUUUGGUGCUGACAAACAGCAUCCCUCAGAUUUCAACAGCCAGCGCACGGCCAAGGCACUGGUGGAUGCUGCUCUGAACGAGGUUCGCGCAGUCGCCAACGCUCGCAUGGGUGGUAAGAGCAGCGGCAGGAGCAGCGGCUCUGGCAGCCGCAGUGGCAGUGGCAGCGGUGGCAAGAAUGUCAUUGAGGCUUCAGGCUCUUCAUUUGGAAGCGAUGUCCUUGGAACCGAGGAUCUCGUCAUUGUGGCCUUUACUGCUCCCUGGUGCGGUCAUUGCCAGCGUCUUCACCCCGAGUACGAGAAGGCUGCCCGUGAACUCAAGAACGAGCCCGUGCGCUUUGUCAACGUUGACGCCACCCAGGAACAAAGCCUGGCCGCUCAAUACGGUGUGCAAGGUUACCCUACGAUCAAGGUGUUUCCCGCUGGCCCUAAAUCUGGGGAGACUGAGGACUACCCGGCUGGUCGCUCGGCCUCGGACUUUGUCGAGUACGCCAAGUCCAAGCUCCUCGAGACCAAGCCGGCACCCGAGGUCGUGGAAAUUGCCGACAAUUCGGCCUUUGCUUCUUCGUGCACGGAUCACCAGCUGUGCUUUAUCACGUUUGUGCCAGACAUUCUGGAUACCAAGGCCGAGGGCCGCAACGCUCUGAUCGAGUUGCAGAAGGACAUGGCGGAAAAGUACAAGCGCCGUCCCUUCGGUUGGGUGUGGGCCGCUGCUGGCACUCAGCCUGCUCUUGAGGCUGCUUUGGACGUCGGAGGUUUUGGUUAUCCAGCCCUGGUUGCCGUCAAUGCCAAGAAGGAGCGCUUCGCCACCAUGCGCGGUGCAUACACUGAGGAUAGCAUCAGCGACUUUGUUGGGCGCCUGUUGACGGGUCGUCAAGCCACUGCCAACCUGCCUGGCAUGCCGACGGUGGAGAAGGUCGAGCCCUGGGAUGGUUCUGACGGGCCGGAAGAGGCCUUUGAGGAGGAGUUUGAUCUCUCUGACCUCGAUGACGUCGAGCUUGACGACGGCAAGGAUGAACUGUAG